AUGAGAGGGCCACCAUUGCAGUGGCAGCAGCAGCAACAGUUUCUCGAAAAUCUAUGUGCAUCCCGAACCCUCAAGAGUGCCAAGCCUCGAACAGCAGCCAUUGGUGCCUGUUCCAAAGCCACGCACUGGCGGACUGCCUUGGCGCUUCAAGGAGAUGCGAUCGAUCUCAUCAUCCUUUCAGCUGGUAUCAAUGCUUGUGAGAAAAGUGAGCAAUGGCACUUGGCCUUGGCUUGUUUGGAGCGUCACCACAAGUUGCAGCUGCGUCCAGAUGUGGUGAGCUUCGGCGCAGCCAUCAGCGCCUGCGCCAAGGCUGCGGAGUGGCGCCUGGCGCUGCAGCUGCUGGAAGAAGUAAAGCGACGACAGCUGGAGCUGAAUGUGAUCAUCUACAGCUCAACCAUUAGUGCCCUCGAGCGUGCUGGGGAGUGGUUAAAGGGGAUGGAGAUCCUGUUGGAGAUGCGAGAGAGUUCGGUGAAGAGCAACAUCAUCUCGUUUUGUGCCGCCAUCAGUGCCUGUGAAAAGGGCAGUGCGUGGCCCAUGGCCCUGAACUUGUUGGAGCUCCAGGGCCAGCGCUUUCCAAACCAAGUUGGGACUAAGGGUCCUCGGGCGGUUGUGGCCUUCAGCGCUGCUAUGGGUGCCUGUCGCCGAGGAGGCCUAUGGCCGCAGGCGCUCGCCAUCUUCUCCAGCAUCCAGGAGAAGAAGAUCCCAGGCAGCCUGAUCACCUGCAGCACCUGCAUCAGUGCCUGUGUGGAUGGCGCCUUGUGGCAGAUUGCCCUGGAGCUCCUCCUAGGGGUUGAGGAGCCAGACGUGGCCAUCGUCAGCGCAGUGAUGAGUGCCUGCGCAGCAGGCCGGGAAUGGCAAAGCGCCUUGAAACUGCUGCUGGAGAGCGAGGGGCAGAAGAUCAAAUUGGAUGCGAUGUGUUUCCUUGCAGCUAUGGAUGCAUGUGAAAACCAGUACAAGUGGCGUGUGGUUCUUGGUCUUAUGGAGGAGAUAAAAAACAAGGGAUUGAGUAGCACUUUGGCCACUCGCAGUUCAGCAGUGACUGCCUGCGAGAAAGCUGGACAUUGGCGUCAUGCGCUGUCACUCUUCCGUGAACAGUCCCAUGAUGCCGACCUGAUUGCCUGCAAUGCCGUCCUCAGUGCUUGCGCGGUGCCUGCCUGGUGCCUGGCACUCGACCUGGCUGAGGCGGAUGGGGCCGUGGAUGUGCUGAGCUUCAACGCGGCCCUGGAUGCUUGUGAGGAAGGACAUCGGUGGCAGCAUGCCUUCGAGUUCUUGGAACGGACAUCGGUUGAUGGAUACCACAACCUGCAGUUCUUGGCAGCCUGGGCGCGCCCUGAUUUCGCUGGAUCUCCCUGGCAACGUCAGAGAAAAGGGGCGAGCGCAGUAUGGGCUCACUGGACAUUUUCUUCGGUGUCAGCGAUUCCGGUUUCACCAAUGGCGCACGAGGCGAUUGCGGCCAAUCGCAAAGUUCUAAGGGGGUGGGGAGUAGAAAGGAUGGGACCAUGGUAUCGCGCUGGAGCUAGCCGGGGCAGCCCGCCUGCGGUGAGCCCGGGCGAUACGGUCGAAUUGGAGGUGUUCGACGACGCAGGCAAUGCGCAGGGCACCAUUCUGCUGGGGGUCCACAAUGUCAAGGACAAGGGCGAGUAUCACCUAUGUGGGGUACCAACCAAGGAUUGCCCCGUCGACAAGGAUCGUCCAACCAUGGUGCAUGGCGAGCGCUAUAGGGUCCUUGGCCGGGAUGUCUUGGGAGCAAAGCAGGUGCCUUGGUUGAGUGAUCGUCACCUCUAUGAGGGCUACAUGUUGGCCAGAGGCAGGUUUGAAGCUCUGCGUGGACUGCCUCCCCCCAGAAAAAAGCCUGCUGCAGCCCCUCGCACCGAAGCUACUGCUCACUGGGGGCCAGCUGAGGAGGCAACCAGUGCGGAAGGAGACCAGGCCGAUGAGUCUGAGGAACCUGACAGCUCAUCUGACGACGAUGACAUGAAGGCUCGGAUCAAGCAGCUUCGUGCCGAGCUAAAGAAGGCAGAAGGUGAUGCUGCUGACCGGCGCAAAAAGCGUCGUGAAACCAAGGGUGUGACCCGUGGCAAAGCUGCGGAGGGAGACAAAGACAAAAAGAAAGACAAGAAGAGGAGCAAGAAGAAGGAUGCUGAAGCCAGUGACCGCGAAGCUGGCAGAAGGUCAAGGUCUGUCCCGCAGAAGAAGAAAAAGAAGAAGCACAAGGAGAAGGCCGCCGGCUCGAGGCGCAAGAAGAAAGGGUCAAGUGGUUCGGAAGUCAGUGAGGACCGCCCCAAGAGCAAAAAGAAGAAGCGUAAAAGUCACCCGGAGACCUCCGGUGAAAGUUCAAGUGAAGAGGGCGCUGUGGAGCUGUUCAAGGUGAAGCGCGCUGCAGCUCCGAAGGAGAAGCCUGGUGACCAAGACAGAGGCCCCUUUGGAGGCGGGCCACCUGUGGAUUUCGGUGAUGAUGAAGAGAGCUCUUCUGAUGCAGGGUCAGUUUUUCAGAAAGGCCUCUCCGCGACCAUGAAAAGCAGCCAGCAGAAGUUGCUGGCCUACACCAACAAAUUUCCAGGACGACUGGCAUGCAGGAUGCUGAUGAAAAUGGAACAAGCCUGCGCCAGGGGAGCGGAGGGGCCGGACAGCUCAGUGCGAAGCAAGACACCCGUGGUCGCAAUGAACCACGUGUUGACCAUCUUGCUCCCCAGCCUGGGAGCAAAGGUGGGACUCCGAUCAACACGGGAGCUCAAGACUCUUGGGCGCAUCCUGGACCUACUAGCCGGGGGCUUCCCCUCGAAAGCCGCGGAUGUCGUGGCCCAGAGGAUCAAGGCGGUGGAACGGGCUACACACGAAGCCCAUUGGGGGGCAGCACAGUUCCUAGAACUCCUCCCCCCGGAAAAUUCGAUGUUGCUGGAGAAGGACGAGGAGAUGUUCGUCAAGAAAGAGUGGCUGCUGGAGCAGAAGUUGCGCAGCUACGAUCGCCGCGGUCCCGGUCGAGACGGCGACGGAAAAGGAAAAGCAAAAGGGGCCAAGGGCAAGACAAAGGACAAGGACAAGACCGACCGAGGAGCGUGGGAGAAGAACGACAAGGGAGGAAAGAAGCCCGAGGACUUCAUGGAAGAAAAGCGUUCGCCCGUGGAGCUGAUGUCUUGGCUUCGCGAUUUGGUGCCCGAGCUUGAUUCACCGUUUUCAAAAUUUCUGUUGAUGCAGCGGGAGCUAGAAGCGAAUUUGCCUGCAGAGGAAACUCCGUUGGCCACGGAGCCACCCCAAUUACUCCCUGUGAGGUGUUCAACUACCAUGCGUUGCUUGGAAGGCCGCAAUUGGGGCCCUGUGUUGUCACCAGCCCAAGAGCUGAUGAUCACCCGUCUGCAUGAGGCGGUGAAGAGAUUCGAGGCUAAGGGCGGUCAGUUGGAGCCCUUUGCCAAGUGCAAGCAGGCGGUCGGAAGUGUCCACUUUGACUACGGCGGUGAGCCGAUACAAUACAUGGAGGACCUGGUGGCGGAAAGGGUCAUCCCAUGCUGGCCUCGGCCAGGGGAAGCUGCGGUCCAAGAGGCCCUGAAGUUUGUCCCGCCUGAAGUGGCUGAGGUGAGAGCUUCCGACGCUGAGUGGGAAGCAAUAGUCCGCGCCGGAGUCGAAAGAGGUAUGAUGGCUGAGGUACCGGAAUCCCAGCUCUUCAGGGACCACAAUGGUCACCCAAUCUUGAAUGGGGCUGGUGGAGUCAAAAAGGUGAAGCAGGUGGGUGGUGAAGAGAAGCUGCUGCAGCGGUUCAUCUCCAUUCUGGUACCUUCGAAUACCUACCAGCAGCACAUGCCUGGCCACGAUUGUCACCUGCCUUACUUGGGCCAAAUGGCCAUGAUGCAAGUUGACGACGAAGAUGAAGAGGUGCUGAUCGACAGCGAAGAUCUCACGAGUUGUUUCAACUUGUUCAAGCUCCCUGAUGAGUGGUUGGGUUACAGCGCCUUUGCCAAGCAAGUCAGCGGGGCAGUUUUUGGGCGUGCUGAGACCGAGCGCGCUUAUGUGGGUAUGCGCGUUGUUCCAAUGGGCUGGAUCAACAGCGCGUCCGAAGUAUCCAAGCUGAAAUGGUUCCCCUCUGACGAUUCGGUCUCGGUGGUGUACCUGGACAGCUAUGACGAGCUGAGGAAGGUGAAGGCCGGGAACCGCGCUGUCCUUGAAGGGAGCCCAUCGCAUCGGCACCAGAGGUUUGUGAACACCUGCAAUGAGCUCAGCCUCCCGCUCAAUGAGGGAAAACGCUUGGUUGGUGCUGUGCACGGAAGCCUCCAAGGUGGGGAUAUUGAUGGUAUCACUGGGACCUUUGAGGCGUCCCAUGACAAGAAAUUGGGUGUCCUGGAGCUGGGAGCGGCUUUGCUUGGGUCCGGCAAAACAACAGAAUUUGAGUUGCGGCAUUUUGUUGGGAAAGUGAUUUUUGCUAUGGCCUUCAGACGCCCUGCCAUGUCCUUUUUGGAGAGGAUCUUUGUUGAGAUCGGCCGGGCUAUCAAGGGGCCAAUCACCCUCUCGCGGCAUGCCGUGGACGAGGUGUACAUGUCCAUGGCACUCCUCCCUGUCCUUUUCAUGAACCUCCGCGCGGUCUUUGAGGAAGUCACAAUCACAGAUGCGUCACCAACAGGUGGAGGAGCUGGUGUGUCGCGACAAUUCAAGAGACCGCCGGACACGAUCAAGCCCGAUGGACGAAGAUGUGAGCAGUGUGAGCGGGACCUCGAAGCCCCCCGAAUUUACCCCUGCCCAGCGGGGUGUUGUGCAAUUCUCUGCAGCCUGAAGUGCAUCGAUGAGCACAGAGCUGGUGAUUGCCGCAGGAAGCUGUAUGCGGUACCCAAGUUCGGUGAGCGCUUCUCUGGGCCGAACGCUCCUUUGUCCCACGCGGUGGCACGAACAGGAGGGGUAGAAGUGCAGCCUCCUUACGACCUUCUCCGUGGGGACGACUUCUUUUCGGAGCAGGGCAAGUCCAAGUUGGCCGAGCUUGAAGGGGAUCCUUGUCUGGCUUGUGAACAUUGGGCCCCGGAGUGUCGGCUCUUCACCCGUGCCCGAGGAAGGCCGGUGGUUCUUGAAGACGGGUCAACGAUUCCUGGCCCUCAACCCGUCCGUGAUGCCCACCAUGUGAUGGGAUUUCCGUGGGUUUCGACCCAGAUGAAGAUCGACCUGCGGAAGUCCAACAACAUGGCUUUGCGGGGGCUGCGCCGUGGCCGCGGUACCUUCGGAGAACGCCGCUAUUUGACGGUGGAGCACCCCUACAAUGGUUGGCUGUGGUGGUUCUCGCUGGUGGGAGAACUCACUCAACGUGACUUCACCUAUGCCGUUGGGUCCAACUGCUGCUGGGGAGGCCUACGAGGGUAUGGUGCCGAGCGGCAAGCUGACGGAAGCCUGCGUUACGCCACGGCGGACGAGGCAGAAUACAAGCAGCAGUGGUGUGACGCGUACGCCCGUGGCUUGAGGCGCCAAGUGGACGGCUGGAUUCAACGGUCGCUCCAAGAUGGAAGGUGCAGGGUGCUGCAACAAGAGUUGGAGAAGUCUACCUCUCGCCUGAGCGCUCCAGCGGUGGCAAACAUGGUCGCCAACGAACUGGUGGAGUUGGAGGCCAACAUGAUCCCAGGCCACGAGGCCAUUCACCUGCGCGAGAUGGCGCAGAGAUUGAGCAUCCGAGGUUCGGAUCUGCGCCUCCACCUGGGCGAAGAGAACCUCGAGGUUCCCUACCCGGCCUACCGGUGGUAUUGGGAAGAAAUCAUGAGUUAUGCAUGGAAAGAAGAAAGGCAUAUCAACGAAGGUGAGGUGGCAGCGUUCAACAUCAUGCUGAAGAGGCGGGCCAAGGACCCGUCGAAGCACGAGAUGAGGUAUCUGGCGGUGGUCGACAGCCUCGUGACAAGAGGGGCUGUGAGCAAAGGGAGGAGUCCCUCAAAGGGGCUGAACAGGCUCCUCAAACAGACCGCUGCCUUUACCAUGGGCUCGGACCAAUAUCCCUUGCCAGCUUGGACAAUCUCCAGAUGGAACUUCGCAGACGGUGCUUCGACAUUGAGAGCCUAUCGUCUCAGUGUUGAUCGCUUCCUCACCUUCAUCAGAAUUCAUGGCUUACCCCUCCGCACACAGAAGCAACUUGACUUCGCGGUGGGUGAAUACAUAAAUGCCCUUUUUCAGGAGGGCGACAGUUUGGCCCAGGCAGGCCACUUGCUGUCGGGGCUAAAGCGCUUCUGUCCCGGGCUGCGGCCUUCUUUGCCGACGGCCAGCCAAUACUUCAGAAAUUGGCAAAAGAUUCACCGUCCUGAACGGGCCAUACCUAUAAGCUGGGAGCUCCUUCAAGCUAUGGGAGGGCUUUGUUUCACUUUGGGCUACCCAGCAGUGGCCCUCAUGCUCUAUGUGGCUUUCUUUUGUUUUCUCAGAACAUCUGAGAUGCUGGGCCUUCAGUUCCUUUACCUGAUUCCUGACAGUCGCUCACAUAGGCUGACUGUGAUUAUCCCUUUUUCAAAGACCUCCAUGGGAAAUCCUCAGGUCCUUGUCUUUGAGGACAAAUUUGUGCAUGCGUUGGCUGUCACCGUGCUUUCGUCACGUGCCCCCAGAGAAUUCCUUUGGGCGUCUUCGCCUGGACAAUUUCGGCUUUUUUGGCAUGCGCUCCUCGGGGCGUUGGGGUUUUCGGCCACCGAUUACUCCCCGUACGGAAUCAGAAGGGGAGGUGCUACUUGGUAUUUCUUGACUACGGCAUCUAUGGAUGCCACCCUACAACGUGGUCGAUGGACUUGUAACCGUACAGCACGUAUGUACGUGGAUCAGGGCACCCUUGCCAUGGCCGAAUUCUUUUGUCGACCCGACAACAUCGUCGAGUCAGAAAGUGGACCUUAA